UUCUCUGACCAUCACAUCAGAAGGACUGUAAAUUCGAUCAAGGCCUCAAAAGUAGUGUAAGGAAGUACGGGUGACAAAAUAAACAAGGUUUGGAUCUGCAGCAUAUACACAAUCCAUUCCCAUCCCAUCAAGAUCAGGAGUAACCUAGCAAAGCAUACACUUGAUCUACUUCCAUCGAGAAUAUUUGGGGGAGGUGAAAGGUCGUCAAAAUGGCCGCAAGGAGGUUCUCGAUCACACCCAAACUAUGGGAACGUGUGAAUCACUUUUCACUAUAUAAUCAAACAGGUGUAUCUCUACGGCAGAUGGUGGAACAUGGACGUAGACAAUCCCCAAUGACAAUCUUACAAGCAGGACAAUUCUUGAGCGAAGAAUUGCCUGUACGCUUGGCACAUCGUGUCAAAGAGCUAGAUGAACUACCGAACGGCUUGAAUGAGAUGCCCAGUAUUGUGCGUGUAAAGGAAUGGUACGCUCAAUCUUUUCAAGAAUUGGUCGAUUUCCCUAAACCUCAACUACCUGAUUCAAUCACAAAACAGCUGGCAAAUUCAAUCUCACAGAAUCCAAUGAAUUUGUCGUCAUCCACACCCAAUCCAAGCUUGAGCGAAGAAGCUGAAUCACAUGAGGAUGGAAGGCACGAUGCAGAAGCAAAGGCAAGUAAGGAGAGAAUGCGAAAGCGUGCAUUAGCAUUGGCAGAAGAAUCAUCAAAUAAUAAUGGAAACGGAAAUGGUCUACGAAAAAGAAUACCGAUCGAAAAUCGAUAUUACGCUGAUCACGCCAACAUAAAGCAAGUCCCACCAGAGGUGACUGAUUAUAAUGAACAAUUCACACGAUGUCUCGAACAAAUCAAGAAAAGACACGAUGCUGUGGUGACAACUGUGGCACAAGGUGUGUUGGAAUACAAGCGUGCAAAUAAGGGAAAGAAUAUCCAAGCCGAUGUACAGAGGUUCUUGGACAGAUUCUACAUGUCUCGUAUCGGUAUUCGUAUCUUGAUCGGACAGCAUAUCGCUUUAGCAAGAACGCCUUCCAGCGAUCGUGGAGCAGCAGGGAGAGUGGGCGCUCUAUCUGGAGCCGGUCCGGAUGGUGAAGAGCCAGAAAAUUACGUUGGUAUCAUUUGCACAAACACAAAUGUUGGUGCAAUGGCACGAGAAGCAAUCGAAAAUGCACGAUUUGUAUGUGAAGAGCAUUAUGGACUUUUCAAGGGACCUCCAGUCCAGCUAAUCUGCCCGAAGAAUUUGAUGUUCAUGUACAUCCCAAGUCAUUUGAACCACAUGAUUUUCGAAUUACUCAAGAAUUCAUUACGUGCCGUUGUUGAACGGUAUGGAGUGGAAAAUGAAGAUCAUUAUCCGCCAAUCAAAGUGAUUGUCGUUGAAGGACAAGAAGAUAUUACGAUCAAAAUUAGCGAUGAAGGAGGUGGUAUUCCACGUAGUGAGAUGCCAUUGGUUUGGACGUACAUGUAUACCACUGCACAAUCGGAAGAUUUAGAUCCGGAUUUCCAAGCUUCAGAUUUUAAAGCUCCAAUGGCUGGAUUUGGAUAUGGUUUACCGUUAGCAAGACUUUAUGCUCGAUACUUUGGAGGUGAUCUAAAGUUGAUCAGUAUGGAGGGAUAUGGAACAGAUGCAUAUUUGCAUUUGAAUCGAUUGAGUACUUCAGCAGAGCCUCUACCUUGAAAACAGUGGUAAAGGCUGUUUGCGCAAUCAAGUUUUUGUACAUUAUACUGUUUUGUGGCAUUAUUAAUCUUAUCAUCAUUUGAAGAAAGAC